CACUGAAGUCCGAUGCCUCUGGUAGCCAGUGGUGGAGCAGUGAGAAGCUGGUUUUGUUGCUGCGUUUUUACAGGAGAAGCCUGGCUGCGUUAACUCUUACAAAAACCUAGACAACUCGAACAAAAUCCAGUGAUGGAGGUCGGCUCCACAGAAGCCAGCAGCAGCUCCCAGGGAGGCACUGGCUGGCUGGAUCUUACCCUUGUCACCUGCACUGAAACGGUGACUUUCACUGAAGUGGUGGCAGAAGAGGAGUGGGGAUCAUUUUACUAUUCUUUUAAGACAGAGCAGCUGGUGACUCUUUGGAUUCUCUUUAUUGUAACGAUUUCUGGAAAUGCCAUCGUGCUCUUCUCUACCUGGAGGAGGAAGCGGAAAUCUCGAAUGACCUUCUUCGUUACACAGUUGGCAAUCACAGAUUCAUUCACGGGACUCAUAAACAUAAUGACUGACAUCAUUUGGCGCUACACUGGAGAUUUCAUGGCUCCUGAUAUCAUCUGUAGAGUCGUUCGCUACUUCCAGGUGGUCCUACUAUAUGCCUCAACUUACGUCCUUGUGUCACUAAGCAUAGACCGGUAUCAUGCCAUAGUUUACCCAAUGAAGUUCUUGCAAGGAGAAAGACAGGCGAAAGUUCUUAUUGGAGUGGCCUGGAGCCUCUCCUUCCUGUUUUCCAUCCCGACUCUGAUUAUUUUUGGGAAACGGCAGCUCUCCAAUGGGGAAGUGCAGUGCUGGGCUCUGUGGCCUGAUGAUUCCUACUGGAUACCCUACAUGACGGUGGUGGCUUUCCUGGUGUACUUCAUUCCUCUGAUCAUUAUCAGCAUCAUAUAUUCAAUCGUGAUUCGAACCAUCUGGAUGAAGAGCAAAGCUCAGGCUGUCAUCAUAUCCAGCUGCCCUGGUGGCAAAACCUCUGCUGGCUACACCAGUCGUGGGUUCAUAUCCAGGGCAAAAGUGAAAGCGAUCAAGUACAGCAUCGUAAUUAUCAUUGCAUUUGUUCUCUGUUGGAGCCCUUACUUUCUUUUUGAUAUCCUGGACAACUUCAACAUACUCCCUGAGACCAAAGAGCGCUUCUACGCAUCUGUGAUUAUUCAGAACCUGCCAGCCUUGAACAGUGCCAUCAACCCCCUCAUCUACUGCCUCUUCAGCAACCGCCUCUGCCCCCCUUUCGAGGAAAGAAGGACUCGAAGGCUGGGGGGGACAUUCCGGGACAGGAGUGACAGAAGGCAGGAGAUGCAUGUCCUAUCCAAACCAGAAGACAUCUAGAACAGAUGAUGCUCUGCAAAGCUACACCGGGACCUGUGCCGAGGAAAGUGGAGGUUCCCUACAAGCCCUGUGCAUCGUGAGUGGAU